AAAAAAAGGAAAUUCUGUUUUGUAUUUGAGUUUGAAAAUUGCGGAGCAUAUAUUGUAAACGAAGUAAUCGCAGCUUUAAAAUGCUUUUAAGCAAUCAACCGGCAAACACAAAGCCACAGCAGCCGUCGCCGACACCGCCACAAAGCUUCAAAUCGAAGCUGCAGCAACAAAUCGCCACAGCAGCAGCUGCCGCUAACGCCGUAACAGCCGCAACAGCAACAACAAAUAUUGCCAACGGUCACAGCAGCAUUCACAGCAACCACAACAACAACAACAUUAUCAAUCAUCAUCAUCAUCCCCAUCAUCAUCAUCAGCUUCACCAUCAUCAGCAUAAUAUUUCCUUUGCCACGGAUUUCUCAAUUGCCGCGAUUAUGGCGCGCGGCGGAAACGCCUCAAGCAGCCGCGAGCCAUCCGAAAGGAGUUUGAGUCCGCUGUCUGUGGAGCGCUAUUCAACGCAGGAUGCGGACGAUGAUGUUGACGUUGAUGUGGUCGACUGCAGUGACUCGGAAACGCCAACGCCAACGGCAGCGGCAACAGCAGCCGCAGCAGCGACGGCAGCAGCAGCAGCGGCGGCAGCAGCAGCAGCUCAGCAGCAUGCACGUCAUGCAUUGCGUGUUGCACAACAGCAACAGCAGCAGCAGCAGCAACAACAACAGCAGAGGCAACAGCAACAGACACAUCCCCAUCAACAUGCAACGCCAAACAAGCAACGCCAACAACACAAUCAACAACAUAACAACAACAACAGCAACAGUAACAACAGCAAUCACAACAGCAAAUCGAGCAGCCAUCGAGGGCGUGUUGCGGCCACACCAAGUGCAGCCGGAACUGGAGCUGGAGUUGGAGCUGGAGCUAACAGCACGCCCUCUCCGCCCCCCAGUGAGCUGCACGCUGAAGACGAGCGCCUGUCGCCUGAGGUGCCUGCGCAGGUAACGAAACGCCACAACAAACUGCCCACGCCCAAAAUUCUGGGUUCGUGCAAUUGCGAUGAUCUCAUGCCCGUGCAAUGCCAUCUGGAGACAAAGGAGCUGUGGGAUAAGUUCCAUGAGCUGGGCACCGAAAUGAUCAUCACCAAGACGGGCAGGCGCAUGUUCCCCACGGUGCGUGUUAGUUUCUCGGGCCCAUUGCGCCAGAUACAACCACCGGAUCGUUAUGCCGUUCUGCUGGACAUUGUGCCGUUGGAUUCGAGACGCUAUCGCUAUGCGUAUCAUCGCAGCUCGUGGCUGGUGGCGGGCAAAGCGGAUCCACCGCCGCCCGCUCGCAUUUAUGCACAUCCCGAUAGUCCCAUAAGCCCAGAGGCGUUGCGCAAACAAGUCGUCUCCUUUGAGAAGGUGAAGUUGACAAACAACGAAAUGGAUAAGAGCGGACAGGUCGUGCUGAAUUCUAUGCAUCGAUAUCAGCCACGCAUUCAUUUGGUGCGUUUAAGCCAUGGCCAAAGCAUACCCGGCAAUCCCAAGGAGCUGCAGGAUAUGGAUCAUAAAACGUUCGUAUUCCCGGAGACGGUGUUCACAGCCGUGACGGCCUAUCAGAAUCAAUUGAUUACAAAAUUGAAAAUCGAUUCGAAUCCGUUUGCAAAAGGAUUUCGCGAUUCGUCGCGUCUGACUGACUUUGAUAGGGAUCCCAUGGAUUCAUUCUUUUUCGAUCAACACAUGCGCGCUGCCCCAUUGCGUUUCUUUCCGGAUCCGCUAAUGUCACAACUAACGCCACAGGAAGCCGACGCCGCCUCGCUGGCGUUACUGGAGAAGGCGCGUCAGCAUUUGCAAAUGUUUGGCCGCUCGCCGUACACGGAAAUGUUGCUGCCCCAUCUGUAUCAACGUGCCGCACCGCCAGCCCCGCCGCCGCCCUCAGCGCUCGGCGCCUUUCAGCUGGGCAUGUGGCAGCAACAGUGGCCACAGUUGACCGCCGGUUUCCUUGCCAGCGCCAAUCAGCAAGCGGCCUUUGCGGCCGCCGCCGCUGCCGCAGCUGGCGCAAGUCGGACGCCACCACCCACAAUAGCAGGAGGAGGCGGCGGCGGUGGGGGAGGAGUUGCUCCAGGAGCUGCCUCAGCACCGCCCGCGCCAGCCACGCCCACAUCGUCUUGCGGUUCGGCAUCGCCGGAUUUGCGCAUCAAGUCGCAGCUGGCGCACUAUCCGCAACGCUUCAGUCCGUAUCAGGUGCCACAGCAUCCGCAGUCUGCCACAUCGCCGGCGCCAUCGACGCGCGCCGAGAGUCCCUAAGUGCUCCUAGUAGCAUAAGCGACGCCACUCGAAAUCUAUGUGCAAUGUGUUUGUAAAUAACCCUCGCCUCAUUCCCCACAAAUACAACAAAAAGAAUCCCCCUAAAUAAAUCCGAAAUCAAAUCAACCACAAAGCUGUGUAGCUAAACAUGUUGCAGCAACAUGUUGCAGCAACAUGUUGCCAACACAUAAAUUAGUAGUUCGUUUAUGCGUGAUCGCUAUAGAAGUGAUAUGAGAUUAGUUGACAUUACAAAAC